GUGCUAGUGACCAAUAUCAAAAUUAAUCUCACUGAUUGAAAAUAGUAUUUAAUCAUGAUUUAUGCCAUUUUUCUACUUUUAAUGGCAUUCAUUAUUAACCAUCGAAUAUAAAGUCGUAAGAGACUUGUGCGUUACAAUGGUUGAUGUUCCUAAGUUCACUUGAUUCACCCAGUUCCGUUACAGACAUUAUUUAUCACUAUCAUCCGUGAAUGAUCAAUUACAUAUUUAAAUUUUAACAACUUCAAAUGCAUCCUUACUAAGAAAUUAUUGUAUAAAUUGUGGAAGUAAUUUUUAACAAAAUUGUUUCAUUUCAUUGUGAAAUAUGAAAUGACAUUUGAACUCUGCCUACUUGACAUUCUUGAGUAGUCUAUGUCACAAAGGACUAUGUGUAUGGGUUUUCCAUGAGGUGCGGAGUGGUGCAAAACUCAUUUUUAGAGCAUUAAAAUUAUUGUCUCACGUUAUCUGAAUUCUCUUGAUAUUUAUUGCUCGAGUGUGAUUUAGCAGAUCAAUAUGCCGAAAAAUAAGGGAAAGGGAGGUAAAAAUAGGAGAAGGGGUAAGAAUGAAAAUGAAACGGAGAAAAGAGAAUUGGUAUUUAAGGAAGACGGACAAGAAUAUGCACAAGUUACAAAGAUGCUUGGUAAUGGAAGGCUAGAAGCAAUGUGCUUCGAUGGUGUCAAACGGUUGUGCCACAUUCGUGGAAAAUUACGAAAAAAAGUAUGGAUCAAUCAGGGUGACAUUAUAUUAAUUGGUCUGCGAGACUAUCAAAAUGCAAAAGCUGAUGUUAUAUUGAAAUAUACAUCAGAUGAAGCUCGUAAUUUGAAAACGUAUGGUGAAUUCCCCGAAACUGUACGUAUCAAUGACACUGUCACCUUCGUCGAAGAUGGUUUCGAUGAAGAUAUUGAGUUCGGUGAUGAAAUUAGUGACGAUGAUGAAGAUGACGUUGAUAAUAUCUGAUGACCUUCAGUAUAAUAAUACUUCAAAGGUAUUGAUAUCAAGUACAUGGAAACACCUAUUUGUUUUACAAAGUGCUAUCAUUCGUCACGCAAUUAAAAUAUAAAAUUUUUUUGAAGAAAUAGCUAAUUUUCUGUAUCUAUAAAUAAAUUUCCAGUUGUGUGAAUAAUA